AUGUCAAACUUCACUGUGUCUUACUUCAUUCUGGGAGCUUAUCUGAAUGUUGGGAACCUGCGGUACUUCUUCUUCCUGGUCACCGCUCUCCUUUAUAUGUCGGUUCUGUUCGUCAACAUGUCUCUGAUCGUGGUGAUCUGUGUGAACAGAACCCUUCAUGAGCCCAUGUACCUGUUCCUGGUCAGCCUGUUUGUCAACGAGCUGUACGGCAGCAGCGGCCUGUUCCCGCUGCUCCUGGUCCAGAUCCUGUCGGACUCUCAUACCGUGUCGGCGCCGCUCUGCUUCCUGCAGAUCUUCUGUCUCUACACCUACGGCAGCGUGGAGUUCCUGAACCUGGCCGUCAUGUCGUACGACCGCUACCUGGCCAUCUGCCGGCCGCUGCGGUACGGCCGCUUGAUGACGCUCCACAAGGCGCUGGUCCUGAGCGUGGCCGUCUGGCUGUACUCCUUCUUAAAGUUCCUCAUCCCGUUGUUUCUGAACCUGCGCCUGCUGCGCUGUGGGAACGUCAUCCCCAGUCUGUACUGUCACAACUACCUGGUGGCUCGUCUGGCCUGUUCGGACAACCGGGUCAACAACAUCUACGGGCUGUUCGGCAUCGUCCUGACCGUGCUGGUGCCGCUGCUCCCCAUCGUCUUCUCCUACGCCGAGAUCCUGAAGGUGUGUUUCGGCGGCUCGGAGCAGACGAGGCAGAAGGCGCUGAGCACCUGCACGCCUCACCUGGUGUCGCUGCUCAACUUCUCCUUCGGCUGCUGCUUCGAGAUCCUGCAGAGCCGCUUCGACAUGAGCCACGUCCCCGGCGCGCUGCGCGUCCUGCUGUCGCUCUACUUCCUGCUCAUGCAGCCGCUGCUGACGCCCGUCCUCUACGGCAUGCAGAUGUCCAAAAUACGCAAGAUCUACAGAACCACCUUCAUUCACACAGACGUUCUGCAGAGCAGUCUCUCCAAACCGUCUUCCUGA